AUGAUUGUCUCAGCUAUAAUCGAACUUGUCUACCAAUAUGAUCAGUUAUUAACUUCGUUUCUACAGUCGAAUUCAUUCACUAGUAAUUUAUUAGCUACUCCGAUUUCGAAAUUGAUCACUGAGUUUUUAAUCAUUGUGUUCAUUGUUUUGUUGAGUUAUGAAACCAUUUAUUGGAGUGGGAUAUAUUUGAACUUAUGGGAUUACCAUGCCAAAGAUAUCUUUACUGAAGUCCCGAUCCACUGUUCCCAUGUUUACAUCAGAUUGAAUUUUGUUGAUUCAGACAAUAUUGAACUAUUGGAUCAAUAUUAUCAAUUGAAGUCUAAUUCAACAAUAUUACUAUCCAAGUUCCACGAUCAUUUUAACUUUAAUGUUGAUUUUGAUCUUGUUGGCGACUUCAACAAUUGGAAAAAAUUAAACUCAUUAAGUCGGGAAGUCUUUAAAUUGCAAAAAUUUAUUAAAUAUUACUUUGAGUUUAGUCCCGAAGAUUUUGAAAUGAAUGAAGAACCAGAAUUCGGCAGCACUAUUGUUCAUUUACGGGGUAAAGUACUAAAUCUAAUCAACGACUCAGAGUACUUACGUCAGUUUAAUCAGUCAAAUGGAAAGAAAUCUGAUAAAAGCAUUGACGACGACAACGACAAGAAUGAGUUAACCGUAGAUAAUGUGAAAAUCUACAAUAAUAAGAAUAUUGAGGUCGGGUCCCAUGAAAAUGACAACUAUUUAAGUAAAUGCAAUAUUGAAACGGGUAAUACAAUUGAUGUAGUUGUUGUCAUAUAA